AUGACAGAGCCCCGGCGUCCCCUCCCACCUCAUCUACAGCGGCCCACGGUCCAUGGCCUGUCUCAGAUCACCAGCAGCCUGUUUAUCAGUAAUGGUGCGGCUGCCAACAACAGGCUCCUGCUGUCCAGCAACCAUAUCACUACAGUUAUCAACGUGUCGGUGGAAGUCGUAAACACCUCCUUCGAAGACAUCCAAUAUGUACGCGUCCCUGUGGCCGACACACCCAGCGCCAGCCUCUACGACUACUUUGACUCCAUAGCUGACCACAUCCACAGCGUGGAGAUGAAACAGGGCCGCACACUGCUGCAUUGCGUCGCCGGCGUGAGCCGCUCAGCCGCCCUCUGCCUUGCCUACCUGAUGAAGUACCACGGCAUGUCGCUGCGGGAAGCUUACACCUGGACCAAGUCGUGUCGACCCAUCAUCCGGCCCAACAACGGCUUCUGGGAACAACUGAUUCACUACGAGUUCAAGUUGUUUAGCAAGAACACCGUACACAUGAUCAACUCGCCGAUGGGUAUGAUGCCUGAUGUCUACGAGAGGGAGGCCCGUUUGAUGAUGUGA